UUUUUUCGAAUUGAAAUCCGAUCCCAGUACUUUAAAAUGUACGAUACGGUGCAGUAACGAUGUUGUGUUCAACGUGAACAACAGUAUGGCACCGUUGUUGGGUUUCAAUAAAACAACUCGCCUACCCGCCAACAUCAAACACGAAUCCAGCGACUUGGUGAACAUUAUGCGAAUAAAUUGUAUAAAAGUAGUAUGCAAUUUGGCCUUAGGGUCAUUCGAGAACGGAAAGCAGUCACAUACAAUACACGAAUUUUAUCCAGCGGUCGCGCCGGGAUUCAAAAUAAUCGAAGUACCGAAAUAUUGUGUUUUAUAUCGGCUAGGGACGAACACCGUGGAUAACGUGCGUGUAACGUUGAGAGAUCAAGACGAUAAAUUAAUUAAUAUACGUGGUGAGACGUUGAACGUACGUCUUCUCGUUAAAAAAAAAAUAUAAUAAUAAUCGA